CGUGGACUUGUCGCUGUUGGACUUGUCAUUCAGACAUCCCAGGAAUUCAACUCGACACUCGGAUCAGAGGAUCAGAGGAUCACAGGAUCAGCCAGCGAGGCUCAACAACGACAUAUUAACUUAAACUCACGUCCUUACCGCCGUGAAAAGGUCUCGGAAAUAUCGUUUGUUGUCAAAAUAAGGAAGAGAGUCGAGGAAAGCGGCUACAGACACUGCAGCAUGCAGAUGUGAAGUCAGACAUCAGAGACCUCUGCUACCCUGGACUGAGUAACAUCCUCUUCAUCCCCUUCAUUGUCAUCAUACAUGCUCUUACAUGAAGAGAGGGGAGAAACCCGAAGGAUACAGACAGAUGAGACCCAAAACGUUCCCCACCAGCAACUACAGCGGCAACAGCCAACAAAUGCUGCAGGAAAUAAGGAACAGCCUGCGCAACUUGUCCAAACCCUCGGACCCACCUAAAUGGGACACUGGAGGAGCUGGAAAAAUGCUUCCUGAGGAUUUAAGGCAACAGGGGCGCUGCAGCAACCCCAAAAACCACCACCACAAGGCCUUACAGGAGAUCCGCAAAUCCCUGAUGCCUUUUGCAAAUGAGCCCAGUACUUCAGGCCCAGAGGUGAACAGACACAAUUCACUGGAAGUCCCCUUUCCUGGGUUUGAGGAGAGUAACAGUCGCAGUAUGGGGGCAGUUAUAGACUACACGGGUAAGGUGAGCUACCAGGACUCAAUGAGGGAACAGAUGGUUGUUGCCAACCCCAACACGACAGGUCUGAAAGCCCCAGGAUCCUCUCAUAUGCAGCAGGCUGUGCUGAGGAGGCCGAGCUGGAAAGGCUCUAAGGAGUCUUUGGCGCCUCGACAUGGUCCUCUCAUGGUGGAUGGCAUGAUAUACCGGUCAGACAGCCCCGGACCACCUCCUGCCUUCCCACAGGGUCACCCUGCUAACAACCAGAGAGUCAAUCCUCCACUGCCGCCCCAGGUGCGCAGUGUCACACCUCCUCCAAACCGCGGUGCCAUGCCUCCUACAUCAUCCUGGGACAACAACCCCUCAACCAAGCGCUACUCUGGCAACAUGGAUUACCUUGUGCCACGCAUCUCUCCGGUACCCCAGGGGGCCUGGCCUGAUGGGUACCAAUCGUCAGCACCUCAAAAUCAGCGUGGGAUCAGCCCGGUCCCCAUGGGCCACCAGCCCAUCAUAAUGCAGAGCUCUGGGGGGAAUAAGUUCACCUUCCCCUCCAGCUGGAAUCAAAAUGGCUCCCCUCAGCAAGACUACAUGCAAGGGGGCAGCAGACAGCCUCCUCCUCCUCCGUACCCGGUUAACCAGAGCAGUCGACACAGUCCCACUGACCAGCAGAUGCAGUCAGGAGGACCUGCAUCCUCUCCCUCUUACGUCAACGGUGGAAACAUCCCUCAGUCCAUGAUGGUUCCCAACCGGAACAGUCACAACCUCGACAUGUAUAACCUAGGUCCUCCUCAGUCCUGGUCCCAGGCUCCUCUGAACCCCAACCAGCCCCAGUCUUCCUCUGGAAACAGCAGCAACCAGGAUCUGUCCCCCUCUUGGCAGCACAACAUGCCGGUCCGCUCUAAUUCCUUCAACAACCACCAGCUGAACAGCAGACCGGCCCACCCAUCCAGCUCCCAGCCCUCUGCCACCACGGUGACUGCCAUCACCCAGGCUCCGGUCCUGCAGCCAGUCAAAAGCAUGCGUGUCCAGAAACCCGAGUUACACACUGCUGUCGCUCCCACACACCCUCCAUGGAUGCAGCAGCCUCCACCGCCUCCAGCUGCACCUGCUUACCCAGAACCCCCAGCCCCUGUACCUCAGAUCCCUGUUGUAGCAGAAGUCCCCAGCUACCAGGGCCCCCCUCCACCCUAUCCUAAGCAUCUCCUCCAACAACAAGCUGCACCCUGCCCCCCAGCCUACGAUCCAGGGGCCAAUAAGCUCAACACGGGCAGAGAGGAGCUCCCUGAAGAGGAGAGCAGCGGCGGCGACGGCUCCCGAGAGAAGACGGCGGAGAACACCGCAGCAACAGAGAAGGAGAAGAAGCAAAUCACGACAUCGCCUGUUCCUGUCCGCCGCAACAAGAGAGACGAAGAGCCGAGAGGGGAGUCCGGACGAGUCGCACUGUACUCCCCCCAGGCCUUCAAGUUCUUCAUGGAGCAACAUGUGGAGAAUAUCCUGAAGAACCAUCAGCAGAGGAUCCGGAGGAGGAAGCAGCUGGAAAGUGAGAUGCAAAGGGUGGGUUUGUCCUCAGAAGCUCAGGAGCAGAUGCGUAUGAUGCUCAACCAGAAGGAGUCUAACUACAUCCGGCUAAAGCGAGCCAAGAUGGAUAAAUCCAUGUUCAAACGAAUCAAGACCCUCGGCAUUGGAGCCUUCGGCGAGGUGUGCUUGGCCAGAAAAGAGGACACGUGCGCGCUGUACGCCAUGAAAACGCUCCGCAAGAAGGACGUGCUGCUGAGAAACCAGGUGGCCCACGUCAAGGCAGAGAGGGACAUCCUGGCUGAGGCAGACAACGAGUGGGUGGUGCGUCUUUACUACUCUUUCCAAGACAAGGACAACCUGUACUUUGUCAUGGAGUACAUUCCUGGAGGGGACAUGAUGAGCCUUCUCAUCCGGCUCGGCAUCUUCAAAGAAGAGCUGGCCCAGUUCUACAUCGCGGAGCUCACCUGUGCUGUGGAGAGCGUCCACAAGAUGGGCUUCAUCCACCGAGACAUCAAGCCUGACAACAUCCUCAUAGACCGAGACGGACACAUAAAACUGACUGACUUCGGCCUUUGCACCGGCUUCCGCUGGACGCAUGACUCGAAGUAUUACCAGAGUGGUGACCAUGUGAGGCAGGACAGCAUGGACUUCAGUAAGGAAUGGGAAGACCCGACCAACUGCCGCUGUACAGACCGUCUGAAGCCUCUGGAGAGGAGAAAGGCCCGGCAGCACCAGCGCUGUUUGGCACACUCACUGGUGGGGACGCCAAACUACAUAGCACCGGAAGUGCUGCUCCGAACAGGAUACACCCAGCUCUGUGAUUGGUGGAGCGUCGGUGUCAUCUUGUAUGAAAUGGUUGUCGGACAGCCUCCCUUCUUAGCGACCACACCCCUGGAGACACAGAUGAAGGUGAUAAACUGGAAGAGCAUGCUGCACAUUCCCCCGCCAGCCAAGCUCAGCGCCGAGGCAUCAGAUCUCAUCGUUAAAUUGUGCCGCAGCCCCGAGGACCGCCUCGGCAAGAACGGCACGGACGAAAUCAAAGCUCACCCUUUCUUCAGGACCAUCGACUUCUCCAGCGACCUGCGGCAGCAGGUGGCGCCGUACGUCCCCACGAUCGCUCACUCCACAGACACCUCCAACUUCGACCCCGUGGACCCGGAUAAAAUGUGGAGCAGUGACAGCGACGGCGAGGACAACCUGAACGACACCCUCAACGGCUGGUUCCGCAAUGGCAAACACCCCGAGCACGCCUUCUACGAGUUCACUUUCCGCCGCUUCUUCGACGACAACGGCCACCCGUACAGCUGCCCCAAACCCAUCGAGUACGAGGGUUAUAACGGGGACGAGGCGGACUCCGAGGCCCCGGUGCAGGACGCAGCUGGUAGCUCAGCGACUCCGGGCCGAGACCUGGUCUACGUGUAGCAUCUGAGCCCAGCUGAGCUGCGUGUACAUAACGAGUUUGUGUGUGAGAGACGGGGAAUGCAACGGUACUGCGUUUAAAUCCUUGAACAUAGGAAAGUAUGUUUCUAGGAGCAUCCAGAACACUCUGCAGCACAUUAACAGACUUUUAUCAAAACUAAAGUUCACACUACAAAUUAAAGGAAUAGUUAGGCACUUCGGGUAAACAUGCUUGUUUACUUUCUUGCUGAGUGAGAUCGAUAGCACUAAUGUAUUAAGCUGCAGCAAGCUUUUGAGCACUUCCACAAGCCAACAUGUGGUUCGUUUGGGCGGUUGUGAACGCAGUAAUUAAAACAAUCUCUCGCAAGCGGUCUAGGACCGUUUCCAAGCGAACCAAAAUGUCGGCUGCCAGCGCGGGCAUUUGUUGAGAUGGACACAGGUAAAUGACAAGUUAAUUUGAGUGGGAGAGAACAGAACCGAGGCUUGUAACUACGAAGCAGGAUUUGGGGUUAGCUCGGCAACUUCAGGGUUUUCAGUCCUAUGACGGUGGUUCACUUCUUACCGGGGUAGACCGCCAUGGUAACUUAUGCUGAAAAAUAUGACAAAAAAAAAACAGGUACUGACAGUAGACUUAUCCAUGUUUGUGAUUGGCCAUAUGCUGCAAACACCACCUCUUUCAUGUGAAAGCACUUAUAACCAGAUUGAGAAACCUGGGUUGACUUACCAAGUUGAUAACCAUCAUCGAAGGACUGUUCUGUUGGUGGGGUUAGUUGAGCCAGAAAUUCGAUGUUUGCUCGACAUCUGAGACAAAGAGAACAUACAGAAUACGCUAAAUUAAGUCCACAAAAAUAGUGACGUUUAUAAAUUCAUUCAAGAUAAACUGGAGGACAGAAGUGAUUCUUAAACACAGUUGUUUGCUUCUAGUCUUUAUGCUAAACUAACUUCAUAUUCACCAUACAGACGUGAGAGCGGUAUCAAUCUGCUCCUCCAACUCUCGGCAAAAAAACAAAUAAGUGAUGUUGCUUUUAAUGUGUGAAAAGUAAACCGUACGACGUUUGCUGCCUGAGGAACAGAACAAAAUCAGGGUGCUCUCUUUGACGACUUAUCGCAAACUCCCCUUAAAGCCUUAAUUUAUUUAAGAAAAUUGUAACUGGUGAUGCUAGUGUAGAUGCUGUUUGAGUGUGGGAUUCUUUUUUGUUGAAAUUACAUUUAUUGGUAAGAAAAAAAUCGUCUUAAUUUAUAUUUUAAUGUCUGUUGCAAUGGGGAUUUAGUGUUGUGACUCAUAGAAAUUUGCAGGGAUAAAUUGCUCUAAUUAUUCAUUGCUGUGCCUUUUUGAUUUUUAUUUUUGUUAUCUUUCACCAAAUAUAAAGAGGGUUAAUAAUCAGACUGGCAUUUUUUAAAAUGAGAGUAGUAGUAGCAGAUUGAACUACAGUAGGUUUUUGUUGUUUUAUUUUUCUAAUUUAUACUUAAAAUGUAUUUAUAAAUUAAGUUGUAUACAGUUGAUGUAAAUAUUUUCUCUUCCCUGUCAGCUGAUUUUAUUUUUUUUUGGGCAGGCCCUUGUCAGUGUCCUCUGUUGAUGCCCUCUGUUAAUAUGUUGUAUGCGCUUCUGUUACCCAAAAUACCUACAAACACUAAUUCACGGGACUGAAUAGAAACUUCUUUCAUCACCAUUCAUGCUCGUCUCUCAACCAAAGCACUAAAUAGGUGGGUUUUGACUUUUUAUUUACAAUAACCCACGUUUAGAAAAUAACGAUCACAAGACGGUGAAAUUAGUUUUUGUGACGUUACUACACUAUCAGCCUUGCUUUUAGGCGCCUAACCACUUAAGAGGAUCUGGGAGAGGCUUGAAACCCAGUUCCUUCAAAGUAAUGCUCUUAUUUUCUGUCUUUGAGAAGCACUACAGCCGACGGUCAUGUGUUACGUUUUUUGUGCCUAUGUACUGAUUUAAAAAAAAAAAAAAAGAAAAGCUGGACUGACGGUGGAGAGAACUGCUCUCCAUCAGAGAUCAUGAUGAUUUUGUAACCCGCUGUACUUUUUCUUUGUGUUUAGGAAAGGAUCUCUGAAUGUAGUUAUGGACUUCAUGGUGACCACUGGCAUUCUGCACUGGUUUUGUGUUUUCGUCGUGAGAGAAUUUUAUUUUUGUGUACACAAGGGAGGUUGGUACAGGGAAGAGGGUGAUAAAUAAAGAAUGUAAAGAACAAAAUAUGUUUUACAUGCA